AUGGACACGGACGAGAAAAGACAUUCACGUAUCUCUUCCCAGGCCAAUAGCCCAGCAACACAACGUCAUCGAUCUACCGCAAGAUCAAAGUUACGAGCCGCACACAUCCUGUUAAUGAUAGUCCUCCUCCUACUGAACUACUUCAUCGCACAGUACGACAAAUUCGUCCUUUCGUACUUCCAAGCGGAGGUCAUUGAAUCCCUGGGGCUCACCUCAACACAAUAUGGCUUGCUCUCUGGCUACGCCACAGGCAUCAUUUCGGCGCUCACUGCGAUUCCGAUUGCAUUUCUAGCAGACUGGUCUGGGAGAAGAGUAUGGACUCUCACAGCUGCAGCAUUGUGGUGGAAUGCUUGUGUGAUUUGUCAAGGAUACUCGAAAAAUUUCUGGCAGCUCUUCUUGGCCAGGCUGGCGAUGAGUAUUGGCCAGUCGCCCGUGGAAGCAUUGAGUAUUAGCGUGAUAAGCGAUCUGGUGCCAGUGAGGUGGCUUUUUCUGGCAGAGAGCAUUCUGUACGUUGGCGUUUACAUCGGAGAAGCAGUGAGUGCGCAGAUCGCUACAGCCUUCUUGAAGACCGAUACGCCAUGGAAUGUGGCGCUGAGAGCGAUCGGGAUCGUUGGUCUGGUCCUGAUCGUCAUGCUGCGUCUUGUGGUGCGGGAGCCACCACGAACGAACCUUGUCGCUCAACUCGAUGAAGAGAGCGACGACGAAGAUCGUGCUGAGAGGAAGAGCGGAUGGAGGGCGUUGCUUGUGGCUUCAGUGACGCAAGUCGUCCGUAUGAAGUCCUUCUGGAUCCUUACACUGUCUGCUGGAGCACGACAGUUUUCUGGCAACGUCUUUGGCUGGUACAUGCCUGCAUACCUGUCGUCGAGGUAUGCCUCCAAAGCCAAUCUGCUCUCCAACUACGGCAUCAUAGUCGGCGUGGUAGGGACGGUGGCGGUUGUCCUGGGCGGCGUCGUCUGCUCGGCGACACCAAGAAGACCGGCAAUGGCGUUGUACAUCACCGCAAUCGGCGGCAUGAUCUCUGCCGUGUUUGUGAUCUGCAUGGUAUUCUCCCGAGAAGCAGGCGGUAGUGAGGAUGCUGGAGUCCGAGUCGUCUACGGAUGCAUGAGUGCAGCGUACCUUACGGCAGAGCUCUGGCUGGGAGCCUUUGCAUCCCUCCUCGCACUGCUGUUGCCACCACGGAUCAAGACUGUCUGCUUGUCCCUCUACACAUGCACCAUCAUCUUGAUAUAUUCAUCGUAA